UGGCUUUUGAAUUUUAACUCAAAGGGGUAAAUCGUAAAAUGGCCAAAGCUCGCGCCACAGCUUCUGUUGUCGUCCCCUUCCUCACUUCAUCACUCUCGCCGCCGAGCCGAAACCUUUAAUCUCGAUUAGGGUUUCUGCUAUUUCUUCUUAUGCAGCAAAAACCCUAAAACAAUGAAGCCCCUCAAUUCCUCACCGCUUCCUCCACUACGUCGCCUUCCUUCCUUAAACCCUAAAUUCCUAUCCUCCAAACCCCAUUCAGAAUCGCCACCAUUUUCCGAGAAUCCCAAUCCGAGCUCAGGUUUUCCAGAGAAAAUCGCUCCAAAAUCUGAUUUUCCCGGGAAACCCACUUUAGAAAUCGAAUUUCACGAAAACCCAGUUGCAUCAGACCCCAAUCAGGGCGAGUUCGCCGCCCCAACUUCACAAGACUCCGAAUUAACACAAACCAGUGUGAUUAGCACUCUUCUUAGCCACAAAAGCAAGCCAUAUUCGGCAGUUAAAUACUUCAAAUGGGCUGAGAGGGAGCGAGGCUUUGUCAGAGGUGUCGAUGCCGUCUGUGUGUUGCUUCAUAUUUUGAUGGGCUCUCCGAAUACUCAGGAGCGUGCCAAGAUGUUGCUUAACCAGUACGUUUCAGGUGAUUCGGGCCCCGUUCCAGGAGUCUUUGUCGAUCACUUGGUGGACUGCGCCAAAAGGUUUGAUUUUGAACUAGAAUCUCAGGUUUUUGGCUAUUUAUUGAACAGUUAUGUUAGAGCCAAUCGAAUCGAAUGUGCGAUUGAUUGCUUUAAUAGAAUGCUAGAGCUUGAGAUGUAUCCUUGUGUUACGUAUGUGAAUAUUCUUUUAACAGAAUUGGUUAGGAGAAAUAUGAUUGGGGAAGCACGAGAGGUGUAUGAUAAAAUGGCUUUGAGAGGAAUUGGAGGUGAUCGUGUCACUCUACACGUUAUGAUGCGUGGUUGUUUGAAGCAGGGGAAGCCGGAUGAGGCAGAGGAGUACUUUAGAGAGGCGAGGGCAAGAGGGGUAGAACUUGAUGCAGCAUCAUAUAGUGUUGCUAUUGAGGCUUUUUGUAAGAAACCCAAUUCAUGUUUGGCUCUGGAGUUGUUGAAUGAAAUGAGAGAAAUGGGGUGGGUUCCUUCCAUGGUCACGUUUAGUAGUGUCAUCGCGGCUUGUGUGAAGCAGAGGAAUAUGGUUGAAGCCACAAGGAUUAAGGAUGGAAUGGUAAGUUGUGGGAACCCAAUUAAUUUGGUUGUUGCUACAAGCUUGAUGAAGGGUUAUUGUGUGCAAGGGAAUUUGGAGAGUGCUUUGGCUUUGUUCAAUACGAUUAUAGAGGAUGGACUUACUCCAAACAGGGUUACAUAUGCAAUUCUUAUAGAAUACUGCUGUAAGAAUGGGAACAUGGAAAAGGCGUAUGAGCUUUACAAGCAAAUGAAACACAUGGAUAUUUUGCCUGAUGUCUUCAUUGUAAAUUAUUUGAUACGAGGAUUUUUGAAAUAUCGGUCAUUUGAAGAUGCUUCUAAGUUUUUUGAUGAGGCCGUUGAGUGUGGUGUUGCUAAUGUUUUCUCGUAUAAUAAUAUCUUAUCAUGGCUAUGGGAAGGUAAAGUAAGUGAAGCUUGUAGUUUAUGGGAUAAAAUGAUGUCUAAAGGUGUGGUACCUAAUGUUGUAUCCUACAAUAGCAAGAUACAUGGCUAUUGCAGAAUAGGGAAUAUGGAGCAUGCACAUAUUGUAUUCGUGGAGAUGCUUAAACGGGGUUUGAAACCAAAUGAUGUGACUUAUUCUAUCUUGAUAAAUGGCUACUUCAAGAACAGUGAUGUAGGGCGUGCCUUUGAUGUCUUUGAUGAUAUGGUGGCUGCCAAGAUUUCUCCCACAGGCUUCACAGUUGGCAUUGUCAUUGAUGGCUUGUGCAAAGCUGGUCGUACGUCUGAGGCAAGUGAGAUGCUAAAGAAAAUUGUUGCAAGGGGUUUUGUUCCUGGAUGUAUUAGUUACAAUACCAUUAUUGAUGGGUAUAUCAAGGAGGGUGACAUUAAUUCUGCACUGGCUGUGUACAGCGAAAUGUGUGAACGUGAAGUCUCCCCCAAUGUUGUCACUUACACCAGCAUUAUUAAUGGGUUUUGCAAAAGCAAUCAAAUUGAUAUGGCUUUGAAAAUGUGGAAUGAGAUGAAAAACAAGGGCAUUGAAGUGGAUGUUACUGCAUAUUCUGCUCUCAUUGAUGGGUUUUGCAAAAGACGAGACAUGAGAACUGCCCGUGAACUUUUUUCAGAACUCCUGCAAGUUGGUUUAUCUCCAAAUGUAGUUGUUUACAGUAGCAUGAUAUCUGGCUUCCGGAAUUUAAAUAACAUGGAAGCAGCUAUUGACAUGCACAACAAGAUGAUUAGAGACGGUAUUCCUUGUGAUGUGAAAGCAUACACUACAUUAAUCGAUGGAUUGCUAAGAGAAGGUGAGUUACAAUCUGCUACGGAUCUCUACUCAGAGAUGCUUCAGAAGGGAAUUAUACCUGAUACAAACACAUAUACGGUUCUGAUAAAUGCCCUUCGUAACAAAGGACAGCUAGAGAGUGCACGCAAGAACUUGGAAGACAUGGAUAGGCGGGGUAUGACUCCUAGUGUUCAUUUUUAUAAUACUUUGAUUACUGGAAACUUCAAGGAGGGUAAUUUGCAAGAGGCUUUUAGGUUGCAUGAUGAAAUGCUUGACAAAGGCCUUGUACCAGAUGACAAUACAUAUGAUACUCUUGUAAAUGGGAAGUUCCAAGGUACAAGGAUUUGAUUAUUUUGUUUAAGACAUGCCUUUCUGCAUUCCUGCAUUCUGUUUCCAAGCACUGGGUUGGGAAACAAAAAUGCCUUUCAGCCUCAUGCUUCAGAUGUGGGGUGAGUUCCGAACCGUUGACAUGCAGUAUGGUUUGGGCAAGUAGGAGAUGACGGCUUUUACUGAUGCACUUCCCAAAGGUGUUGAGGUGCUGGUGUGGAUUUAUUGAAGCAGCUGCGGCAUGUCUUGUCAGGGCGGGACCUUUGUUGGUUCCUAUUCAUCAAUUGGUAUCUUUGGAGUGAAAGGAAUAAUGGUCUGCACUUCUUCUCCCCUCUGUGAUGGCUAUUGUGGUGUGACCGUUUUCAUGAUCGCCAUUCUUCAUCUUCCCAUAUAGCCUCAUCCAAUUUCCACCGGAGGUUCCUCACGUUCAGUGCUUUAAUAUGGAUGCAGUGCCUCUUCGGGGUUGAGAGGUGUUGGAGCAGUGGUUAGUCCAUGGCGAAUUGAGUUGCUGGACGCUUUUCCUGAAGAACCAACUGACAGCGUUACGGUUCUUCCGACAAAGAACCUUCGAAAGUCCUAGGAUGAAACGGAUGAUUUUGUUUAGUCCGAGCGAGUCUAAUUAAAUGGAUCAUUUUGUUUUUCUGGUUAGAAGAGGUUCACCUUCCUGUAACUGUUGCUUCUAGUUAGUAAAAAGUUGCCCAACAGAAACAAAAUAUUGUUUAUGAG